ACAACAUAAAAGUGUUGAAUGAAGAACUAUCACUCCGGAAGUGUUGAUAUAAUAUCCGGUGACUGAAUCAGAGAUUUCCAACCUUAUGGACACUACAAGGUUAUGGCAUGUGACAAAGAACAGGCGGCAGUUGCAGUGUACACUUCGUUUGCGUUGUGCACGUUUUGCAAUUGCUAAGUCCGGAUAUCAUCUAUCAAAAAGUAAAAAAAAAAAAAGUCACACGAGUUGAAUACCAAAAAACCCGCAUCGGACCACAACCGACCAAACACGGAUCAGCUGACGAGUUUGACGUCCAACGCAACAAAGAUGAUUCUGGCAAGCUGCAGACCAUGACAGAGGGUGUCAAAGAACCACACUGUGCCCAUCCUAAACACCGCUCCUGUGCAUGUGGCCAUAGGACUGAGGACUGGCAACAUGGCAACGUGCCCAGUGUUGCCAUCAGGGAUCAGUGUGUGGCCAUUAGAACGUUGCUCUCAGAUCUUGUGAAUACCGUGGGAGCUGUAUUAACUUCAAGACCAAAACAUGUGUGGCAGGUAUAUGGAGGCUUCCAGAGGAUAUACGAGGCAACAAAAAAUAUUUUUUAUCAUGGUUGUAUACAUUCUGAUACUCAGGGUAAUGCAGAUAUAUGGCCCUUUGUGGUUGGACUGCGGGUACUCAGUCCAGUGUUGGGGCCAUAUGUGGAAGUCUCUACUGUUUCCAAGCCGGCUGAUGAGUGGAUCCGUUCUUCCCUGCAAAAGCUUCAAUUGGCAGCAAAGGUUGCAGCUUUAACUAUUGACAAGGAUUAUGUAAAGAAACACUACCAACCCUGGGCCUUAUUAUGUUCACCUGCUCAUACUGGAGCCGUUAUUAAAUGUCUUCAAGCCUUAGAAGAAAAUUCACAAGACCUUUUAGCAGACAUAGAUCCAAAAUUGUUAGUAGGAACACAAUGGAUGUCUCUUGGUACUGCAGUCGAGUCUAUUCAUCGCAGGCCUUCUGGUUUACCUCGACACUUAUUAGAUGGUCAUUCACUGGAAAAGAAAAAUAAAAGCCCAGAAAAAAGAGAUGCAUCAUCCUUACCAACCAGUCCCAUAACUGAUAGGAACUGGUCUCCUAUGUGGCCUUCUCAAAGUGACGAUGAAAAGAGGAGAGGAGAAAGAGGGUUUGUUGAGACUCCCAAGAAUGAUAGAGCUGCUAGUAAAUAUGUAACCAAUCCUGUAAAUAUUAACAGAACUUGCAGUCGGAGGCUGUUCCCAAAUGAUAACUUUGUGCCUUUGCGAAGAGGAAAAUCAGAGGCAUCCAUCAAGGUCUUCCCUAAGGGACAGUUUCAUCCCUGGGAACAGCCAGUGAGGAAAGACCAGCAGGAGGACCGCAACAUAACUCUCAUGACCAGAGAGAGUCCGGAUGGCAGCUCAGGGAGCUCUGACUGGCCUGCAACAAGCCCUGUAAGUCACCCUCCAUCAUUCAGCAACAAAGAUAUUUCUGAAAUAUCUAGUUCAACAAUAGCCAAGCUUGUCCAAGGAAAAUCUCCAGCUGAAAGUGUAAAUGGAACUGGAGCAAGACCAAAGGACUCAGUAAGUCCUCAGCCAUUAGUCAUUCAGCAGUUCCAUGAUAUAAGCGAUAGUGGAAGUGGUCCUAGAAGCAAUAUUUCUCCAAGUUUAUUGCAAGUUGACUAUGGAGGAGAGAAUACUGCUAGUGAAGGAGAGGCUUCCUCAUUAUAUUCUUUACAUAAUCAGAGAGCUGGUCUUGGAUUCAGGACACCGCAACUCCGCCGUCGAGCUAGCAGUUGGCGAAUGAUGUCAGCACCUGCAGAUAGUGACCAGGAUAGUGAGGACACCACAGAUGGGUCUGUGCCUCAAGCCUCAAGACGUAGAAGACGACUCACACCUUCUCAGCAGCGUUCAGGAUUGUCUGUGAAAUUGUUAGUAGACAGUCGUGGCAUUUUAAUGGCUGAUGAAACUCAGGGAAUAGAAGAACAAAAGGGCUCCCAGGAAAAAGUAUCUGAAACCUUUGUUGCAGAUCUGCCGCCCAAAGGACAAAAUAAUCCAGAAUCAUCAUCACUUCCUCAUCAUUCCACUUUGGAUCCGUCAUCAGAGCUGGUAUCACAAACUUCCAAAAUAAACAAACCUGAAAGAACUCUCCAAAUCUCAGAUCAAGUCAGCAGUGUUGUUCCACAUAUGACAUCAACACCAGUGACAGCAGCUCUUCAUCCAGACACCACUGAUGGCAUAGCCUUUAGUGCACCAGGCAGAGUCUCCAAACCCUCAAACUUGGAAAUCCCAGAGAUUACCAAAUCAAAGAAGAAGACUCACGGGCGUUCAAGAUCAGAUGGAGCUCAAGAACUGGUUGGAAAAUUAAGACUUUCUACUUCCAAUACUGAACCAACUCUAGAGUCAGGAGUACCAGGGAAAAAUGGGGGAAGCAAGGAAGAUGUUGGUUCAAUACUGCCAAAUCCAGUUCGCAAGAGAUUUAUGGAAGAUGGAGGCCAAAGUAUUACUCCAGCUGCAGAUUAUGGGUUCUUCCCUCGGCCACAGCCUGGCCAAAGUCUCAUUGGAUUUCUGUCUUCAAAGGAAUUUCAUAAGCCAUAUGCAGAACUUGACAGAGAAAAUGCUCAUUUCAAUAUCUCUGAAGCUGUGAUUGCUGCUUUAACACAGAUGCAAUUUGAUGCUUGGACUCGGGAUAUAAAUACAAACCCCAUCACGGCCGAGGACAGUGAUGAGGAGAUUCGUAAUCUACAAGCUCGCAUAAGGGAAAAGCGCCGCCAGAAACUCUCAGGGACUGCAGUUUCUGCUUCACCAUCUACAAACACACUUACAGAAUCUACUUCUGAUCCACAAAGAUGGGUCCGGAGUCAACCUUUGAAAGUUGAAAGCACAACAGACAACAGUGUGUGUGAAUCCCCACAAAGUUCAACUUACAAUAGUGAGAGUGAUCUCCUGUCAGACUUUGAGGAGGAGGAUCAUAAUGGGUCUUCAGUAUAUAGAGAAGAGACUACGCUACCUCUUUCAAGGAAGACUUCUGUGAGUGACUCCAUCAUUUUCAAGGGUGAUUUAACAGCAGAGAAUGUUGCUCUCAACCUUCUGAAACAUUUUAGUGACCAAAAACUUCCAAAGGCCUCAGAGCUAGAAUGGCUGGUGUCAGAACAAGAAGCUCCGCAAAAGCUUCUGCCAUUACCAACCAGUGUUGCAGUUAGUCCUGAUGACAGUGGUGCCCCUAAGGAUAUCCAGCAGCCACAGACACAACUAAGGGGCACCUCUGAAUGGGCACCUCCAAGACCACAGCUUAUCUUGACCUUGCACACCAACACAAAACGCUCUGUGUUAAUGGGGACUCAAGGAUGGAGGUGUGCUGGGUGUGGAAUGCGUGUAUCUGAACGUCUCAGUCGACAUUUCCGAUUAUGCCAUUAUCUCGGUCGUUACUUCUGUACAACUUGCCAUAGUAACCAAACUGCCAUUAUUCCUGCCAAAGUCCUUCAUAAAUGGGAUUUCAAAUUGUAUGCUGUUGCAAGCUUUUCCUCCGAGCUACUGGAGCGGAUGAGAAGUGAUCCACUCUUCAACGUUGGAGCUCUCAACCCUCGGUUGUACAAGCGUUGUCGUCAUCUGCAUCAGACCCACAUUUAUCGUCUGCAGCUAUAUUAUACUUUGCCAUAUAUAAAUACAUGUAGUAGGGGUCUAAGUGAGAGGACAAUGUUAGGAAAACUUCCUCAACACUGGGCAAAUGACCCACAUGUUUACUCCCUGGAUGACCUUCUGGCAAUCAAAGGAGGGCAGCUGGUGGCAGAGAUAAAGGAUGUGACGUCAGUUUGCAUUAGUCACAUUGCUAAGUGUCAGUGCACAGUAAAGAACCUAUCCCUGGGGCCAGCCAGCUAUUUAGGAACUCUGCAGUAA